GCCCGCUCAUUAACCAGCUAGCAUUCUCCGUUCAAAACAGCGCCAGUCUCUAAUGCUGUAACUAAUCUCCGAGCCUCCACAGCCUCGAUCGAGACCCACGGGAAGGCGCGACCUCAGGGUUUCUAGGGUUUCACGGUGUCGAUCUAUCAUGUACAGAACAACAGCUUCACGAUUCAGAGCUCUCAAGGGCCGUGCGGCUAAUAGUGUGCCUGCUAGACUUGCGAGUUCGAGUGCUGUUGCUGCAAGGCCAUCCUCUUCAGGGGGUUUUUUAAGCUGGUUGACUGGGGGACGGUCUCAGUCUCUUCCUCCCCUAGACUUCCCCUAUCAGGGUGUUACACUGCCACCUCCACUACCUGAUUAUGUUGAACCAGGCAAAACCAAGAUAACAACUCUACCUAAUGGUGUCAAAGUGGCCUCAGAGACAUCAGCGAAACCCACAGCAUCAAUUGCAUUGCAUGUUAAUUGUGGCUCAAUGUACGAGACACCAGUCUCAUUGGGUGCUACACACCUGCUUGAACGCAUGGCUUUUAAGACCACUACAAACAGGAGUCACUUGCGCAUUGUUCGGGAAGUGGAGGCAAUUGGUGGCAAUGUCACAUCCUCAGCUUCUCGGGAGCAGAUGGGUUACUACUUUGAUGCCUUGAAGACUUAUGUUCCUGAAAUGGUAGAGCUGCUUAUUGACUGUGUGAGGAAUCCUGCAUUCUUGGAUUGGGAGGUCAAUGAACAGCUGCAGAACGUUAAGGCUCAGAUUGCAGAAGCUUCCAACAACCCUGAAGGCUUGCUCAUGGAAGCAAUUCACUCUGCUGGAUAUUCUGGUGCACUGGCGAUUCCUUUGUUAGCCCCUGAAUCUGCUUUAAGUAGAUUGAAUGGUACAAUUUUGGAGGAAUUUGUUGCUGAAAAUUAUACUGCUCCUCGGAUGGUACUUUCAGCUUCUGGUGUUGAGCAUGAGGAACUGUUAUCCAUUGCUAAACCACUUCUAUCUGACCUACCCAAAGUGCCUUCCCAAGAGGAGCCAAAGUCUGUGUACAUUGGAGGCGAUUACAGAUGUCAAGCUGAUACAGGGAAAACAUAUUUUGCUCUUGCAUUUGGAGUUCCUAGUGGUUGGUGUAACAUAAAGGAAGCUGUGACUUUAACCGUUCUUCAGAUGCUGAUGGGAGGAGGGGGUUCUUUUUCUGCUGGUGGUCCUGGUAAAGGGAUGUACUCACGGCUGUAUCUUCGCGUCUUAAAUGAGCAUCAAGAAUUUAAUUCAUUUUCUGCAUUCAACAGUAUCUAUAACGAUACAGGCAUUUUUGGAGUUCUAGCUUGUACUACCCCUGAUUUUGUUCCCAAAGCCAUUGAAAUAGCAGCUAAAGAACUUAUUGCAGUAACAAAACCUGGAGAAGUUGAUCAGGUACAGAUCAAUCGUGCAAAACAGUCAACAAAGUCUGCCAUUCUGAUGAAUCUCGAGUCCAGAACUGUUGCAUCUGAAGAUAUAGGUAGACAAAUUUUGACAUAUGGAGAAAGGAAACCUGUGGAGCAUUUCUUGGAGGCUGUAGAUGCAAUUACUCCAAAGGAUAUUGCCUCAAUUGCACAGAAACUCUUUUCUUCUCCUGUCACAAUGGCUGCAUAUGGAGAUGUGCUAAACUUCCCAAGCUAUGAUUCAGUCAGCAGGAUGUUUUCUUCAAAGUGAAACUGCUUCCUCGUUGAAAUUUAGCUGGCACAUGCCUUUUGUUCUUAAAUUGUUGGCCAUUCGCACAUCUUCAAUAUUCUUAACAGCCUGAAGCUGUCAAAAAAUAAGAUGGGAACUUGGAUGUUGUUUCUGCUAAAGCAGUAAUAUGGUGAUCCUAGCUAGCAACAUUUUGAUGCUCAAUUUGUUCCGCUAUGGGUAUGGGGUGUAUUUAUCCAUGUCAGAGUUGAUAGUCCGUAAUGAAUCGGUUUCAUUUGCAUGUUUAAUAAUGUAAUCUCGAAGUACACUACGGGAAAUUUUGCAUAUUUUUUCUCUUCUGAUUUAUCAUUUCUAUGGUUAUCCUUAAGCAA